GCUGAAGACGCUCUUAGCAACACGCUCAGAAACCAUACAUCUAUGCGCUCACCGAUACAAAACACCCAAACCUUUCGAGGACACGAAUUUUGAGAAAGCUUGUUUCAUAUGUUGCCGGCGUUCUGGAGGAUUAUUAUUUAAAACGGUGGCCAAAACAAUUUGGCUCCUACUCGCCGGACAAGAGGAAACGCUAGCUUGAGCUUUAGCUUCCUGUUGGACAGUGAGCUCGGGCUGGGAUGCCUCGUCUGUUCAAACGAACAAUACGAUUUUCGAGAGAGGGUAAGAGCGGAGAUGGUCGACAUCGGUUUAGUGUUUGGACUCGGUGUGAUUCUGGUUUAAAGAGACAGUUUGUGCUUUGCUGCGCGCUGACGGAAACGCUUUUGUGUCCCCUGCAACUUUGAGUCUCCAGCGAGUGUUCCGGCAACAUCAUCUUCAUCAACGAGGUCGUUUCUAACCGCCCAUUGUUUUAGUUUUAUUUGUAAAGGGCUGUGUGUUAAUUUAGCUAGUGAUUAUCUCAGUAUCUCCUUGGUUGGCUCCUCUUAUUUACUUUCAAUUUGCUGAAAAUAUAGAUGUCACCAUUACUUCUCCUGUCUUGCAAUACGGGUGGUCAAACUGAUAAGCCCAGUAAAAACAACUUGAAGGGGAUCAUGCUUGAACACUGCAGCACUGUGAAGUUCUAGUCUUUAGACAUUUGAGAGGCUUCCCCUCGGAUAUGAGACUGUAUUGAUAUUCUAGUUUGCUUUCUAAGGACACCCCCCGACCAGCCAUGAAUUAUAGUUUUGGAUGGAUCUCGCCUUGGUGAAAAUAUUUUUCAGAGGAAAAAGCAAUAUUUGAUGUUGACUGCUUGCAAUCAUGAUGAUAUUGAGCAGAAAACCAGAUGGCCCCAUAACUGCAGCUCGCCACGGGGAUGGUUUGUAUGACUCUUACAUGCGGACCGAACACACUGUGAACCAGGAUGCUGAUGUGAAUGGACAGAGUCCCUCUGGGCUGCCCCCUCUCCCCAAACACACUGGUGUCAACAAGCCUACAAUGAAAGAUCACCAAGCAGUCCGAGGAGGACAGAUGAAGGUGAAGUAUGUUUACGAAGACACCUACAACCGCAAAGUCAACGUUGUGAGCCAGCACAAUGGCACAAUUCAAGUACCAGCAAAACCCCAAUCUGCGAUCUCCAAAGAGAGAAGUGUGGACAGUAACAGUUCUGUUAAGUCUUUAGAGAGCUCAACGAAAGUCACAAAGCUUGCCACCCCAAUGACUCCAGAGCAAGCUCUCAAGCAACACAGGCAGCAACUGACCACCUUGGAGCAGCAGGAGAUCCACAAUUAUUCUGAGAUCUACUUCCUGGGACCAAAUGCCAAGAAGAAGCAGGCAGUGGCAGGGGGCACCAACAACUGUGGAUAUGAUGACGACCAGGGUGGUUACAUUCACGUACCACAUGAUCAUCUUGCCUAUCGUUAUGAGUUCCUCAAGGUAAUCGGCAAAGGUAGUUUUGGACAGGUGGCAAAGGUUUAUGACCAUAAGUUACAGCAGCAUCUUGCCUUAAAGAUGGUGCGCAAUGAGAAGCGAUUUCACCGGCAAGCUGCGGAGGAGAUCAAAAUUCUGGAGCACCUAAAGAAGCAAGAUAAGACUGGCAAUAUGAAUGCAGUCCACAUGUUGGAGAAUUUCACCUUUCGCAACCACAUAUGCAUGACUUUUGAGCUGCUGAGCAUGAACCUGUAUGAGCUCAUUAAACGCAACAAGUUCCAGGGUUUCAGUCUGCCGCUGGUACGCAAGUUUGCACACUCUAUUCUCCAAUGCCUGGAGGCUCUCCAUUGCCAUAAGAUCAUCCACUGUGACCUAAAACCAGAGAACAUCUUACUGAAGCAGCAAGGCAGGAGUGGCAUCAAGGUCAUUGACUUUGGCUCCAGUUGUUUUGAUCACCAGCGGGUCUACACUUAUAUCCAGUCACGUUUCUACAGGGCGCCGGAAGUCAUCUUGGGUUCUCGAUAUGGUAUGCCUAUAGACAUGUGGAGCUUUGGCUGCAUUCUGGCAGAGUUGCUUACAGGAUACCCUCUGUUUCCUGGAGAAGAUGAAGGUGACCAGCUUGCCUGCAUGAUGGAGUUAGUUGGUGUGCCCUCUCAGAAACUACUGGAGCAAGCCAAGCGUGCCAAGAACUUUUUCAGCUCCAAAGGCCACCCACGCUACUGCACAGUGAGCACGCUUAGCAAUGGCACCGUAGUAAUCAAUGGGAGUCGUUCUCGCCGAGGAAAAAUGCGAGGUCCCCCAAGCAGCAAGGUGUGGGUGACAGCCCUAAAGGGCUGUGAUGACCCCACAUUCAUUGACUUUCUGAAGAAAUGUCUGGAUUGGGACCCUAGUACUCGAAUGGCACCUGUUCAGGCUUUGAGGCACCCCUGGCUCUACAAGAGACUGCCCAAGCCUGCACCUUGUGGAGAGAAGUCCAUGGUGCCCAAACGGAUCCCAGAGCACAGCACCUCUUUUCCCACCAUCAUAUCCAAGGUACCCCCUGUCAUGGGCCCAACCAACAACAAAAUCCGGACCACCUUGAUGGGGGACACCAGUGGAAGUAUACCCUUGCGCACAGUGCUGCCAAAGCUCGUUUCAUAGGGAUUCCUGUUUUUCAGGGAUUAAAGACAUAUUUGUAGCAGUUUUAGAAGUGGAUUUUUCUUUGUUAUUGGUUUUAUUUCUCUGAAUGUCAAAACUCUAUGUUUUGACUUCAAAUUUGACUGAAGUGUAACAAGCAAAAAAAAAAAAAAGCUAACUAUACUGCGUUUUAAUCAAAUGGCAUUUGGAAAGGUGUGUGAAAUUGAAAGUUGAUAUCAGGGCUGUUUUUUUUUAUAUCUUGGUCUGGAAUGGAAUGCUGAUGAUUGAGUGGGGGUGAAAUUUUAAUGCUGACUGCUCAUAGUUCUGUCCUUUCUGUGGUUUACACUGUUCUGCUCAGACAAACGUAAAACAUUUUGCAUCUUUGAGGGCUGUUUUUAGGUGUACGUGAUUCUUUUCAUUUUUAAGGGCUUUGAGUGAAAUUUUUAUUGAAUUUUCAGCAUUUAAAAAAACCAUGAUUUUUGAUAAUUAUCUUCAUAGUGCUAAGUCAGAAGAGCACAUUGCUAGUUUUAUUCUGUUUUAAGAGUAUACUUCCCUUAAACUUGCCCAGUUGCUCCAUUUCCCCCACACCAGUGUGUCAUGGAGAGGAUAAGGCUUCACCUAUCUCAGUCCACAACACUGUUUUGAGAAGCUGUUAUAUUAGAUAUAGCCCAAAGUAUACUUUGGUCAGACGCGAAUGGUAGGCGGACAGUAUGCGUGAAGCAAAUUUCAUCAUCAUCAAAGUGCUCGAGCACUGAACUCAUGGAGCCCAAUUUUUCUAACCACUCGUACUCAGAACGCGCAGUAUGCACGUGCUCCUGGAAUUAUUUGCUCUAAUUUCUGGGUUCACAAGGUGGCAACAUUUACAGUUGAGCCAUCGCUGUCACUAAGAAAUGCUAGAUGAUAUAAUCGUCACUGAACAACAGGAGAUGAAUGUGGAAAUGUGAGGAGGUCAGGAGAUGCCUACAUUUGUAUAACUCAAGUCUGAAGGAAUAUAAAUACAUUUUUGGUUCUAAACUAUUGAAGAUAAAUAGUCCAGUCUUUCAGAGCAGUCGUAGUGCACAUGUGCCAACCACCUGUGUAUGCGCACACAGUCAAAUGGAGUACUUUGAAAGGCUAGCUUUCGACUGUACAAGGACGCUUGGCGUUUGCAUCAAAACUAAAGUAUACUUUAUGCUUAAGUCACCCUAGAAAGUUAGACUUGUUUGAUAAUGACAGAGUAACAGUGUCUAUAUGUAAUUUAGGGACACAAAGUUAUCUUAAUGCCAUGCCCAUUUCUUUGAGGUAUUGGGAAAGAUGGCCGCUAUUUCACAGACUUACACAUGCAACAAGCAUGUCGGUGGUACUUUGAAAGAUAUUGGUAGGGUUUUACUUGAAGGCAUUAGGCAAGUUCACAUGUUUGCCUGUACAAGGAAAUACGUGUUUCCAAAAGCAGAUGGUGGGGUAAGGGAAUUGCAAGUUGGCAAUGUUUAAAAUUUUAAAAUAUUUUCAGUGUGCUCUUUGCCCUGAGCAAUGAUAGAUGCCAAACAACCAGCGUGAAGCUGUGACAAUAGCAAAGUUCAUAAACAUGUUCACUGUACUGGAUAAAGACAGAAGCCUGCCAUAUAUUAGAUGAUCACACUGCCCUUGGGGAUUUUUUUUCGGUCCUCUUAACCACCACCUUGUCCACAAUUUUGAUACUAUAGAAUUUCACAUUUUUAUUCUUUUUAGCCUGUGGUGACUACAGCAACCACUAUAUACACUGUUAGGGUGGGAUUAUAUUACAUUAUGUGCACAUGGGCAAUUCCUCUCCCCCCAACGCUCAACAUCAGGAUAUAGAGACUGCUGACUGACUCCAGUUGAGAGUGUAGUGGUAUUGUGUAGUCUGAAAUAUCUCUACAUUGUGACCUAAAUCCUCUCCCUUUCACUCUUCCUCAAUACUUGAGGUUUACAUGACAGAAUCCUGUUCUUAAUACAGUCAAGCACACAGCACAUUCACCCACCUUGUUUGCGAUCAUUCAUAAUGGCUCUUGUCAGUGUCUGCAGUUUGAGUAUUUCUUAUUAAAGUGUCUCUGGCAGACUGUUUUGUUUUCCAUCUUUCCAACUUAUAUCUGUUAGGACAAAAGGUAUUUGCAUCUUUGGGAGAGUUUUUAUUUUUUAAUUGAUAUAAUGUAAGCAUGUUGACACUGCCUCACUUUUUCUAGCUGUGAAUUGAACACUGAAUGCUUAGAAACUAAUUGUUGCAAGGUAAGACACUAAUAUGCUAAAGGGCUGUGAAACUGAAAGGUGCUUAACCCAAUGGCACUGACAGGUGGAUACAAAGCAUCUGUGCACUACCUGGACCUAGGUUAGAAAUGAGGAUACCAGAUAAGUGACUGCAAAUGUCCCCUUAAUUUAAAAAAAAAAAGAAGAAACAACCUAGGUCUUUGUCUUUUCUCUUUUCCAUUGAUACAAAACUAUCUGUCUUUCUCAGGUCUUAAAGAACAUUUGCAUACGAUUUGCGUAUGAUUCCACAUAUCCAGCAGGUGCAAGGACAAUUAAAGGAACAUUCUGGGUUCAAUACAAGUUAAGCUCAAUCGAUGGCAUUUGUGGCUAAAUACAUUUUUGACACUUAAAAUGGAAUUUGGAGCCCAAUCCCUAAAUGUUAAAAUAUGCAUUGUUUAAAAAGUUGCCACGAGAUGUGAAUAUGCAUGUUAACAUAAUUUUAGUGCGACAAAUAGCUUGCUAACCUUUAUUAUGUUAAGUUGUAUCAACUUUUACGACUUCGUUGACAUAGCGACAUAAUGAUAAAACCCUAAAACAAUUGUAUUUGAGCAACUUUUCAGCUCAAAUAAUAGGCCUGCUUUUAUGAAAUUAUAAGCAUCACAUUUCUGCCUAUAAACCCUUCAAAAAUUGGCCCCAUUAACUUUUUUUUUUAAGGAGGGCUAAAUCUAAAUUAUUAUUUGUUGUAAUCAACAUUAUGCCACAAAUGCUUUCGAUAGAUCUUAACUUGUACAGAAGCCGGAACAUUCCUUUAACUUGUAUUGAAGCCGGAAUAUUCCUUAAGCACUCAAAAUAAGCUAGGUGUCAGGAGACCUAGUGUAUUUAUAGCUUUAAAGACAUUGGUGCUUACAGUUUUUAUCCAAUCAUAAUCAGUUUUGGGUUCAUAUGUCGUCAUCUUCAAAUUUUUGGAGGUUCAGUGUCCUCUUGGAAUACAAAAAUUGCAGUUAAUGAGAAGUAUCCAGGCAAAAGUGGUUUAAAAGUUGUUUUUGGUGUUGUAUGUCUACCUCUUUCUACAAUAACUCUUGCUUGUAAAAUCCUUCCUCUCAAUCCAUCGUCUAUGCUCUACAAAGAUCUCCAUAAAUAACUUUCUCGCUCACUCCGCUUUGUGCAUCACUUCAGUGUCCCUGCCUGUUUGCAUUACCAUUAAUUUUUUACCAAAGCACCCAUUCACAUUGUUGUCUCUCUUUGCUUCGUCUCUGUGCAUGGACCCCUCAUUUGGGGGAAUCUACAUCUGUGCCUUUAACUGAACACACUUGACUAAAUCAUCAAGGCUCAGCACGGGAUGACUGUUUCUCUUCCAGCUUAUUGAUCAGGUUUUUGUACUACUUUUAGUUCACCCUUUUAUAGAGUUUGUACUGUUAUUCAUAUUUUAAAGAGAAAUAAGAGGUAACGCUGUAAUUUUCCUUUAAUGAUGUUUGUUGACUAAGGGGUUCAGAGCAUGAUAAUUAAAGAACGCAUGAAAAUAAGUGACCAGUGAAAAGGAAUAAAUGAGUAACAUGAUGAGAUGUAACCAAAUGAGCUUGUAUUUGUUUCUUAAAAAAAAUAAAAUCUAAUACAGUACCAGUUUUUUGGUUUGAAAUGUUUGUUCAGUUUUCUGUGCAGGCAUAAUGUUGAUUAGCACAAAAAGUCAUUUAGAUUUGUACCUCCUUUUCUUAAAAAGUAAGGUUUAUAGCAAGGCAAUUGCAAUGGAAGUGAACGGGCCAAUUUUUGGAAGGUUUAAAGGCAGAAAUGUGAAGCUUAGCUUUAAAAAAACAAACACUUUUAAUUCAUUCUUCUGUUAAAAGUUGUCUAUUAUUUGAGCUGUAAAGAUCAUUGGGUUUAUGGUGUUAUGUCCUCAUGGCAACAAAUUUGUACAAUUGGAAAUAUCUUGUCUCAGAAAAUGUUAGUAAAUGAUUAUAUCACACUAUAAUCCUGUUAACAUGAAUAUUGUUUACGUUUUGUGGCUAUACUUUUGAAACCGCAUUUUAAUGUUUACGGAUUGGUCCCAUUCACUUCCAUUAUAAGUGCCUCAUUAGAGAAAAGUUGGGACAAACCUUAAUACAUUUUUGUGGUAAUCAACAUUGUGUCGCAAAUGCUGUAGAUUGAAUUUAAUUUGUUUGAACCCGGAAUAUUCCUUUAAACACUGAUGUAUUGCACCGGUUCAGAUUGAAAUG